CUUAACCCCAGAAGUGGAUCAAGCGAGCUGCGCUCCGCCCUGUCAAAUUUUUCGCAACAACCCACAAAAUGUCCCGUGUUCCUCGACUUAAAACGGAAACCUCCCAGCGUGUGGUCCCAGACCCCGCUUCAUCCCGACUCCCUCGCGGAGUUUCCCGUGUGACUGAAAAGUCCCAGCGCAAUCCCCGGUCGGGAGUCGGGCGUCAGCUCGGAGUUGUGAAACCUGAAGGGACUCCGCAACCAGGGCCCUCGAGAUUCCAACAAGGCGUCUUCAAGCAAACCUUGGCCAAGUCAGUGGCGGACCCUGGGAAGAAGGUGCGGACGGUGUCUGCCUCACACUCACAGAUUAAACCCCCCAAAGUGCAAACGAAGCGAGGGGAGGAAUGUGUGGUGCAGCAGAUGUCGCUGGAGACGACGGUGCAGAGGUGCCCCAGGGCGGAGUACAUCGGCAAGACCAUGCGAGGCGUCGACGUGGCCCCCUCGGGGGUGGCGCGCCAGCUGGAACUCACCUCGCAACAGAUCGACCCGACACGUGGAACGGAAUCGGCCGGUGUCAACGAAACUGUUUCGGUCACUAGCACGCUCUCGAUUACUUCGGGAGGGAAGCAGUUGAAGAAAACUUACAAGAAGCAGACCGCUAUUGCCUCGAAAUUGGCCAAAAAGCCGAAUUUGAACCCGCACCACAUCAAUCGGCUGGUUAAGGAGGAGACCGAAGACGUGGAAAACACCUUGAAGAUGGUGCCUCCGAGUCUAGUCUCCUCGUCCAUCGACAAGUUUCCUUUGAAGAAAAAGUUGCAAAAGUUGCGGCUUAACGCGGAGCCUGUGAGUCUUUUAACUCAGUCGGUCAUCCAUCCUGCGCCCACUGCUGACGAGGUCGAUGCCGAAGCGCCCCCGGAGCUGAUGGCCACGGUCAUGGAUGCCGUCGAAAAGGGGGCGACGCCGGACUCGGCCCCUAACCAGAUUUUCAACAGUCUCUUCCCCGAAGUGCACGAGGCGCGGAUUAGGGUCAGUUCGGUGGCUCCCGGGCCUUUGGAGGAUGUUGUCGUCCCCACGGAUCCCGCCGUGAGGGUGGUCGACGAGGCUCUGUCUUCCGAAAUGGAGGAGUUUAUUGCUUCCGAAAUCCAGAACAAGCAAGAGUUGCCCACGGAUGACCUCUGCUCUGAGAAUAAUAUUUCGGCGACGGAGCGCGCGGCUAAAGGGGAGAACAAAGCCCCCGAGAUGUUUCUGGAGGGCGAGCCGGCGCCGUGGGAGGACUUCACCGUUCGGAAAAUCUCCACGUUGGUGGGAGGCGAUCCGAUUGAUCUUUUAGACACGAGUGAUCUCUCCGCACUUGAAACUUCAGCUGAUAUCAGCAAGGAGUUGGCCAACGGCAUCGACUAUUUCCUCGAUGCCGAUGUCGUGCCGUACGACACUAAAAUUCAAAUUCGGGGCUCGAAAAUCCCCGCGUGGUUCCCCGGGUAUGUGUCAGCUUUUCCGCACUUACCUGAACUUGUUAAAGUGACCAAAAGUCCGAGUGAGGUACUUCACGCGGCUUGGAAAGCUGUCCAACCGAAAGUUUUCCCGGACGAACCUCUCUUAAUUGUCUAACAUGAAAAACGCAAUAAACGAGAUUUCUAGCAAAA